CAAUUUUGAUUAUAGAUAGAGCUCGUACAAGUGACAGGCGCGAAGUAGAGGGGAUGCCUAGAUAACACGAUAACGGCCCCUAGAACCGACGAGACCGCAUCGCGCUCGCUCGCCUCAAUAUAUUUUUUCUGACUGCAAGUCUAGCGGUACUGUUUUCUUAGUCGAAGCUUAUCUAGUUUGUUGUGCAGUCAUGCUAAAGUUACAUCCUUUUAUAAAAGUGUGUAUAAAUAAAGGUGUUUUUGUCAAUAUUAUUCAUAACUUUUCAAUGUCCGUUUUCAAAUUUGUCUAGACCCCUUUUAGCUUUUAAUGCUUAAAUAGUUGAUCAUACACAAUAAUUCUUAAUAUGAUUAUUAUGUUCUCAAACUAAACGUUCAAUGAACGGCAUCGUUAGCUUAAAGUUCAGUGAAACAUGUGAAAAAGUUAAGUGCUAAUACCGGUCGAUAUGAAAGACUCUGCGCCUCGUUGUGAGGAUGUGGCCGACAAGCUGGUGCGGCUGUUUGGAUGGCGACAGACAUACCCCGUACAGAAGCUGCAGAGGAAUUUGUUGCCUAAGAACAGUGAAGGGGGACCAGAGACAUGGGUGGGCGUGCGAGCAUUACGCGCAAGUUCGGGCGGGAUCUUGGACCCGGACGACCGCGUAUGCGACGUGGCAGAUGACCGCGAGACGCUGACGGCGGAGUGCCAGGCGCAGCACCGCGCCGCGCAAGCUGAUGGUGCCAGCGGCUCCUCCGCCGGCACCGCCUCGCCAGAUAUGUUUCGAGGCGGCGGAGGUCUGAGCGGAGUGGGGGGCGCGGGCGGCAGCAUGCGUGCAGGAGCGGGGCAGGGUGCGGGUGCGACAGAGUCUUGCGUGGAAGUGGGCGGAGCAGCGCUGGAGGACGGCGCCAGCGGGCUGCAGGUGCGCCGCGGCAGCGAGCCCUCGCUGCACCAGGACACCAUGCCGCCGCAGAGGCAGGUGUGCGAGCAGACGAAGCGGUGGUCUGCGGCGGUGGUGUGUCGCGAGGAGACGCGCGCGCCGCCGCCCGAGGCCGAGCGCGCGCCGCACGGCCAGCACUUCCAGCGGCACUCCAACAGACUCUCCAUGCAGUUCUCAGGACCUGGAAGUGGAGUUUGGUUGGACGCGGCGGAGCGAGUACAAAUCUACGGCAGCAAGAGUCUGCCCAGAGACGCCCGCAGAGAGCCCCUGGGACAGGACACGUCCGUUGAAACACAACACAGUCAAAACCACAGAGUGGAAGACAUGUUGCGAUGGGUUUCUGGUGUUAAUAAUAUCUCCAGCGAGCCUCUCGGACAAGAACGCCAAUUAGAUCUUCUUCCUGAAAUGGGUAUCAGCGAGCGCGCGGUGUCAGGCCUGGAGGUGCCGGUGACCCCCAGCGGCAGGGGGUCUGGUGCGGCGGGUGCAGGGGGUGCGGGGGGCGCGGCGCAGACGGUGCACGUGACGCUGGUCAAGGGAGAGAAGGGCCUCGGCUUCACCAUCACCACGCGCGACAACCCCACCGGCGGACACUGCCCCAUAUACAUCAAGAAUAUAUUGCCUAAGGGCGCGGCGGUGACAGACGGGCGGCUGCGCGCCGGUGACAAGCUGGUGUCAGUGAACGGCGUGUCGGUGUCGGGGCUGACGCAGCAGCAGGUGGUGGCGCUGCUCCGCAACACGCCCCCGGACUCGCAGGUCGACAUCGUCAUCGAACGUACCCUCGCCAGGACACAGAGAGUGGAACCCCAGCAGAGUCCGAAUAAAUAUGUAGAAAAGGCGAUAGGAACGACUAACAUAACGACGAUGCCGGUGGAGGCGAGCCCGGCGGAGAACGGCCGCGUGUCCACCAUGGUCCAUGCCAUCAACCACAACCACAACCACGCCUCCAACGGGUCUGCCAGGGGACGGAUACAGAAGAGCUCCUCUAAAGAUGACCUGCUAAAUAAAGACCAGGUGUUAGACUCACACGUACAAGAUGCUUUAAAUUCCUCCACAACUUCGAUACCUGGACUUCGAAACCGACUGAUCUUACGAUUAGAUGUCCCGGUCCACGACUCCGAGAAGGCUGGACUUGGGAUCAGCGUCAAGGGGAAAGUCACGGUAGGCCCGGACCCUCAGGACUUGGGCAUCUUCAUCAAGUCGGUACUGCACGGCGGCGCCGCCUCCAGAGAUGGAAGACUGCACACGAACGACCAGCUGGUGAGCGUGAAUGGGGUGUCGUUGGUGGGGCAGAGCAACGCGCAGGCCAUGGACACUCUGCGCCGCGCCCUGCUGCAUGCGCGCCCCCACGUGCGCGGCAGCAUCUCGCUCGCAGUCGCCAGGCGCACCGAUAGCAUGGACAGCCUCGCUCGAUGGAAGGACGACACGCCGCCCAACGGCAACGACACCACCAACUCGAACGACCACAGCAACUCGCAGAACUUCAACACCAUCAUAUACAACGCGGCGGACGGCGACAACAAGAACCUCGACUUCACGCACAAGUUCCAACUCAACCAGAACGAAGCCGCCACGGACAACCACGACGGCAGGACCAAGAAGCACGCCUCCAUUGUCACCAUUAACAACAACAACAGCUGGGUCUCCAACCAAUCGGACGAUAGCAAAGGUUAUUUAGAAAGGGACAAAGAUAGCGUUCCUCAUGAUACGAAAAGAGACAGCUUCGAGUGGAGCCGACUGGACGGAUGGAACCCAGUGAUAGACAGGCUGACGGGGCUGCGCAACGAGAGCUACUACAUGGCCACGCAGACUGACAACGGUCACCACUACCGCCAGAGUGCGGGCCACGUGCACAUGGCGCGCUCGCCCCCACCGCACCACAACGUCAUCAUUGAAGAGGACUACGGCACCACCAGGGGUGGUGAGUCUGGCAGCGAGUGCGGCGGGGGAGGGGAUGGGGGCUUCAGCCGCGACGCCGUCGGCCGCCGCUCCAUGUCAGAGAAGCGCCACGCAGCGCUCGACGCCAAGCAGACCGGCACCUACAAGAAGAUCAAGGAAAUUAAGGCUGUCAACUCAAUGCAAGUCGGACCUUCUCUCGGUAUGCGGAAGUCUUCAAGUUUGGAGUCCUUACAAACGGCCAUACAAGAGACUCAGAAGAACACACGCAACGAACCCUUAUAUGCUCGAGCACACCCACCUCUAAAACAUUGGUUAACAGACGACAACAACGCACCAGAACAUAUCAUAAGAGGGUCGCCGCAACAGUCGUCGUUGUCUCAUAAGAAACCAUCGCUACUCAAGUCUUUGUCUACGAUGUUUAGAAUUGGUAAACCCAAUAAGAAAAGCGAAACGGAGUCUUACGGCAGGUCGCAGCCGGGACGGUCCUCGGAGAAGUCUCUAUCGCGGGAGGCGCUGGAGAGACACAACAGGAUAGACGAGCGACUGGAAGACGUCAACCCGCCGCCGCCACCACACAGAGAGGAGUCAAGUAGAUCGCGGCAGAGCAGCAGCGAGCGCGGCUCGAGGUCGGAGAAGCGAGCGCACGCGCCGCCGUACCGCGCGCCGCCCGCACGCACUGCGCCUGCGCACAGUCACGCGAUGGAUUCAGCGUGGGGUCCUACAGGACAUUAUGUUAAUUAUGAAGAAAUACAAAACUUUAACGCUCGUCGUGAGAAACUAAGCGAGGUGCAAAUCGGCCAAAUGAGGCUACAGAUGAACGAGAGGCAGCAGAGAGCAAAGGCUGAAGAAGAAAAUCGUCGAGGAGUUCCCGCGGGUUACCAGUCGCAACGGUCGUGUCGGGAGGGUGGGGGUGGGGGUGGGCGGCCGCAGUCUAACUACUACGAGUACGAGAGCGCGCCGCCGCGCAGACCCGGCAAGCUCUCGCACUACCACUGACCCGCGGCUCAGCUUACACUGGACAUCAACCUUCCAAAGUAUUUCUUAGUUGUACACUACGGCAGUAUCAUUAAGUACUUAGGCACGAGACUGCUGACUCACUUGAUACAGUAUCUUGAGCACUAAGUAGCUAGCAGCUGGAUACGAGGUGACCGCAGACUUUCUCAUUUCAGUUGAUACUAUCAGACAAGUUACAUGGUACAUGACUUCUUGAAUACCCUACUUAUAUAACAUACGGCUCCUACGCAUAAGAUCCUACUCUAGCCAUAUUUUUGUGAUUUUUGAACUUAAAAACCAUCUCUAAAUUUUACUCAAAAGUUGUUUAAAUCGUGACAUUUUAAAUGGUAUAUCGUUUUAUUAUAGGAACUUGGAGUAUAAAAAAAAUCGCAUUUUUUGUGUUACGCCUAUAUGCGUAGGAGCCUGAACAUUUUGUCAAGUACUUAUGUAGUGUUGGUUUUGUGGCGCAGAUUUACUUAAAUACUACGUAGAAA